CUAUGCAUAUUCCCUAUUCCUUCCGGUCUCUGUGCACCUCUCAGAAAGGAAAAUGGCGGCUCUCGGACGCUUCUCUCAAAUGUUGCUGAGGUCUUCUUUGACCCAGACCCGGCGUCAGCUUUCUGCUGCUGCUGCCGGACACGGGGACCAGGCAGCUAGGACAUGGAAGAUCCUCACUUUCGUGGUUGCCCUGCCUGGUGUUGCGGUGUGCAUGUUGAACAUGUACCUGAAAGAGCAGCAGCAUAGCCAUGAACAGCCAGAGUUUGUCCCUUACAGCCACCUUCGCAUUCGCAGCAAGCGUUUCCCUUGGGGAGAUGGCAACAAAUCCCUUUUCCACAACCCGCACUUGAAUGCCCUUCCUGGCGGCUAUGAGGGCCACGAUGAGUAAACCCUCCAUCCAGGCCUCCUAAACUGGCACAGGGACCAGUCCUCCCUCGGUGUUUGUUACUGGACCACACUUUUAUUUACAGUUUACUCUUCAUUUUUGUUGCGUUUACCUCUGUGCUCUCAACAUGGGGCACCCAAACCAACAGUUCCUUUACUCUGGACCAUUAAACAAAAAUGUCAGACUUGAAACAGAAUUAACAUAAAUAAAGUAACUAUUAUUACUUCAA